AUGCACACAUACAUAAAUGAGGAUCUGACAACUCAUAUUAAAAAAAUAAUCAACCCUAAUGUAAUGCGACUCAAUGUCGACGAUGAUGAUGAGGAAGAAGAAGAUGAUGAUGAGGAUGAUGAAGAAGAAGAUGAUGAUGAAGAAGAAGAAGAUGAUGAUGAAGAAGAAGAAGAUGAUGAUGAAGAAGAAGAAGAUGAUGAUGAAGAAGAAGAAGAUGAUGAUGAUGAUGAAGAAGAUGAUGAUGAUGAUGAGGAUGAAGAAGAAGAAGAAGAUGAUGAUGAUGAAGAAGAUGAUGAUGAUGAUGAGGAUGAAGAAAAAGAAGAAAAAGAUGAAGAUGAGGAUGAAGAAGAAGAAAAUGAUGAUGAUGAUGAAAAGGAAGUAGAAGAAGAGAAGAAGGAUAAAGAAUAA